GACAAACUUCCUUGGAGUGGCUCUGUUCUCUAGCUCUGUGGUCAUGGCAGUAUUCUUUCUUUUUAACUGCUGGAGUCAAUGGUUGUCUAAACACCCCUCCAUGGUUUGUCGUACAGCAAUGUCUUGGUGUGCGUUGUUCUGCCUGUUCAGAAAGUCAGCUCUGGAAGUUACCUUGGUCUUGUAAUAGUUGACAAGGUGGCUUUGGGCAGUGAAAGAAGAGGAACCAGCUAUUCCCGGUCCUUUUCCAGCAGCUCCCCGUUGUCCUGGCUGUCACCAUGAUCUGUUUGCAUUCCCCUGAGCUCACCUACCACCCUCUGCCCUCACAUCUGUGCACAUCUGCCCUCAUGCAGCAUGUUUGUGAAGUUUGUGAUUUUUUUUUUUUUUUUAAUUUAUUUUUUUCCCCUGGGCUGUUAGAAAUCAUAAACCUGCAUAUGAAGUGCUGAUUGCUUCCACUACUUCAAUAUGUCUGGUCAGGACAGGUGGUAAUUUGUCAUAGCAUUUCUCUAUUUUUUUCCUUUGUUUUUUCCAAAACACGCUGACUUGACAGCAAUGCUGCAGUGUGUAAGUUUGUCUGGUGCAUUUUCAUUACUCUUGCGUGUACCAUUUCUUCUGAUAGUGUUGAUUUGGUGAGUCAGCUCUUUGUAAUUCAUUACUUUCACUGACGCUUUUUCGCCUUGUUUUAAUACCGUUGUUUUGGGACGGGCCUAGUCUCCCGUUCCCUCCCGCAGCGGGCGGCGGCGAGUCCGUCACGGCUCUUCCCGCCCCGAGGGCGCGGCCGCCGCCAUUAGCGCCGCCGGGAACUACAACUCCCGGCGUCCCUUGCGCGCCGCCGCUUCCCGCCGCGCUAAGAUGGCGGCCGCCGUGCCGCGUGUGGCCGGAGCGGCGCCGCCGGGGUACACGGCUCUGGCGGUGAAGUUCGGAGAGCGACAGCGCUCGCCCCACUACCUGCUGGUGAAGGAGCACCAGGUGCGGGAAGGGGCCGGCGCCGUGCACCCGCCGCGCCGUACUCUCUUCGUCCUCAACGUCCCCCCGUACUGCGGGCCGGACGCUCUGUCGAGGCUGUUCGCCCGCUGCGGGCACGUCCAGUCGGUGGAUGUCUGUGAGAAGCCAGAGCCAGGAGAGAAGAAAGAAAAGCUGACAUCCAAAUACUUCAACCGCAAACCAGUAACGGGAUUUCACGUAGCAUACGUGGUGUUCAGGAAGCCAUCUGGUGUCCAGGCAGCCAAGGCCCUGUCACAGGAAGGUCCCUUGCUGAUAUCAACAGAGAGUCACCCUGUGAAAACUGGCAUUAGCAAGUGGAUCGCCAACUAUGGGGCCUCAGUCGUGGAUCAGGAGGAGCUGAAGGCUGAGGUGGACGCCUACAUGCAAGACUACGAUGAAAAGAUAGCAGAGGAAGAAGCCAAAGCGGCCGAGGAGGAGGGUGUCCCAGAUGAGGAAGGCUGGGUGAAGGUGACGCGGAAGGGCCGGAAGCCCGGCCUGCCCCGGACAGAGGCUGCCAGCCUGCGGGUGCUGGAGAGAGAGAAGCAGAAAAGGGCCCGCAAAGAGCUGCUCAAUUUCUAUGCCUGGCAGCAUCGCGAGUCCAAGAGAGAGCACAUUGCCCAGUUGAGGAAGAAAUUUGAGGAGGACAAGCAGAGAAUCGCGCUGAUGCGAGCCCAGCGCAAGUUCCGGCCGUACUGAGCUGUGUUCUCAGAGGCCUGUGCUGGAGAGAUGCCUGUGGACUCCACGUGCCAAAGGAUUUCAAGGAAUUGAGGCAGCUUUAUGUUGUCCCCGCACUUUGAUCUGAAACGGGAGAUCCCAGCAGCUGCCGCUGGAGGGGGAGUUUUCUUCACUCGCACCAGUACCCUCCUGCUGUCCCGGCCAUGGUCCAGCCCUGCGGCACCCCUGCCUAGGGUGCCCAGGUCAAGGGGCUGAGGCACAUCCUGUGACAACCUGUAUCUCCCUGCCACCCAAAGCCUCCUAAAGUGUGGCAAGAGCUGGGAUUGACCCAGCACAGCCUCUGCAGGGGCAGGGAGUGGCUGAAGAACUGUAAAUAAACUGCUGCUAUGUUUUAAAAACAGGGGAAGGCAUCUCUCUCACCCUCGGUGUGCUGUGGGGGACGGCUGCUUGCCUGCCAACGUGGUGAUUAAAGCCAUGGCUUGUAUGCCAGA